AUGGGUAUUCCUGAUAGUCAAAUAAUUCUCAUGAUCGGGGAUUCCUACGCAUGUAAUCCGAGAAAUCCUCGCCCAGGAACUGUAUAUCAGAGUGCCUACAAUCCUAUUGAUUUGUAUGGCGAUGAUAUUGAGGUGGACUAUCGAGGCUACGAAGUUACCGUUGAGAACUUUAUCAGAGUAGUGACCGGCCGAUUACCACCUUCGGCACCAGCAUCCAAGAAACUCAACACUGAUCAGUACAGCAAUAUUCUCAUUUAUAUGACAGGGCAUGGUGGUAAUGGAUUUCUGAAAUUCCAGGAUGACAAUGAGCUCUCCAGCGUGGAACUGGCAGAUGUUGUUAAUCAAAUGUGGCUUCGUCGCAGAUAUAACGAGAUGCUUAUUAUUAUUGAUUCUUGCCAAGCUGAGUCAAUGGGAAGUCAAGUUUACUCUCCAAACGUCGUCACGAUUGGUAGCAGUAAAGUUGGUGAAGACUCUUUCGCGCAUCAUUUUGAUACCACCAUUGGCGUAUUUGUUGCUGAUCGAUACUCCUAUUACGCACUUCAAUUUUUGGAAAGGUUGACUCAUGAAAGUCAGCACAAUCUUGUUGAAUUCUUGAAUCUGUGCACUUUCAACAUGUGCAAAUCGACGGUUAAGUUCCGCACCGAUCUGCUUGUUAAGAAACCGCACAAUGUAUUAGUUACAGAUUUUUUCUCUAAUACUCAUCACGUCGAAAGUGGUUCAUAUCUACUUCCUGCUGGUGAUGUUAAUUUAACAGAUGGGGUGUGCGCUGAACAGCUUGGUGCUUCGAACAAUUUAACUAAUGACCAUACGUGGGUGUAUGUGCAACCCUUUCCGGUAGAGCUGACGACUUCGUAG